UUUUUUUGAUAAUUUGUAACAAGAGUGAAGUUGUUCACUUCGAUUAAAUUUAAUACUAGUUUAAAGUGAAGUUGUAAGACGUUCAUACCUUUAAAACACUGUUAUUUUCAAUUGCAGUGUUUGAAAUAAUGUCAGAAGAUCGAACUGCCUUUGAAUGUAACAUGGAAAUUAUUGAGGAAGAUUUUAUUGUUGACGAAACUGCAGAACCUAUGUAUGCUUCUGACAUUAAACAAGAAAAUGACUUCCAGUCAGAAGAAAUAAUAAUUUUUGAUGGCUGCGAGCAAUACGCGUACACAAUGUCUACGGAAAACAAAAAUAAAGAACUUAAUAACUCUAAUGCUCAGUUUGAUUCCAACACAGAUCAAGACUUUAGUUCUAAUGAUCAACAUUCAGAAGAAAACUCGUUUACAUUGGAGGUUUUUGAGCAAUCCAAUGAAAAUAUUUCAGAUAAUGAAGAUAUUACCUUGAUUGAAUCAAAUCAUAUUAAAUUGGAAACAACCGAUAUAAUUUGCCAUUCUUGCGAAUGCACGUUCCCAACUAUGCAGGAUGCAGAAUCUCAUCAAUGUGUAACAAAACCUGCUUUUAAAAAUGUUAUUGUUUGUGAAACCUGUCAAGCCGUUUUGGACAAAGAUGAGGACCUGGAAAAUCACCAAUGUAAAAUUGUUGAAGAAAAAAAAAGUAAAUCUUUGUUUUCCUGCGAUGAAUGUCCUAAAUCUUUUUCUUUGAUAAAUAUGCUUCGAAAACACCAAAGCUCUCAUAAACAAAAAAAAAUUGAAAAGACUAUCAAGAUAAAAAAGAAAAAUGAAGUUGCCCAUGUUGGGUUGAGUCAUUGUUCAAUUUGCAAUACAACAUUUUCAUCACAAAAAAACCUUAAGUUACAUUCAAAAAUGCACGUAAAAACACAAACCAAAACUAUAGAAGAUGCUUUGCCUAUUGGAUCUGAUUCACGUGAUGAGAACAAAUUUUUUUGCGAAAUUUGCAGCAAGAGCUUUAAUCACUCACUCCUUCUUGUUCAUCAGAACAUGCAUCAAAAUAUUGAAGAACAUAACUGCAGCAUAUGUAAUCGCCAGUUCGAAAAUCAAGUAAGCUAUGAUAUGCAUAUGCAAUUGCAUGCUGAUCAGCCCACAAAAGAAAGAUCGGCCCAAGGAACGAAGCCUGGAGCAAAAUUUGCGUGUAACUACUGCGGGAAGGAGUUUUUGAGGCCUCAUGAGAAAGUAAAACACGAGCGUAUUCAUACUGGAGAAAAACCUCAUGAGUGUGAAGUAUGUGGAAAAUCAUUUAGGGUAUCAUAUUCCCUCACCCUGCAUUUGCGUACACACACUGAUAUCCGACCCUUUGUUUGUGCUCAGUGUAACAAGAGGUUUAAGUCCUACGCUGUGUAUUCACACCACUUAAACACUCAUUCUGAAGAUCGUCCAUACAAAUGUCCUAUGUGUCCAAAAUCUUUUCGAACUUCAGUUCAACUGUGCGGCCAUAAAAACAGUCAUACUAAACCAUACAACUGCCCAGAAUGCAAUAGACCGUUUUCAAGUUUAUACGCUGUUAAAAUGCAUAUGAAAACCCACAACAAAGCAAAUAAAUCUAACGAAAAUUUGAAGCAUCGCUGUGAUACUUGUGGCGCGGUAUAUGCUCGUAUGUUUGCCCUACGUUUUCAUAUGAAAGAGCAACACUCUAAAGAUUUACUUGAAUAUCAAAAUUCUACCAACGACGGAGAAUCACCAGAUACUACGAAUUAUUGUAAGAAUGAAGAUGAAGUUUCUACGCAAGCUAUAUUACCAGGGGAAGAGAUAAUUAUUGAUAAUUUUCAACCUGAAGAGAUUGUAACGGAUUGGUUAAUACAGAAAUGAAAUUUUUCUUGUAUGAAAGAUGUCACAUAUUUUUAACUUACUGAACCAUUCAUUACAGUACUAGAUUUAAAAUGAAAAUAAUUCAAUUUGUUGUUGGUAUUUUUUUUACAUACUAAAAUCAAAAAAAUCUAUUGUUGGCAAA